UACAGUUUGCAAUACUAAUUUGUCAUCACUUUUGGCGCACUCACUCUAAAGACAUAGGGACAUUGAGGACCAAACUCUUCAGACAAUACAGCUGAACAUCAUGGAUCAACAGAUGGAUGUCUAUGUCAAUGAAGAGGGACCAUUUGGUUACUCUGGCAAAAGAAAGAGUUUGGCAAAAAGCACGGAAAAUAUUUAUGAAAGUCUGGAGCCAAACAGAACUAGACCUGCACUCUCAGGUGCUGAAGAUGUGAAGAAGAGCUCCUGCAGAGCUGCUGUGGUGUGUCUGUGUGUGCUGUGUCUUCUCCUUCUGACUGGACUCAUAACUGUGGUUCGCCUAUUCACCAAAGGCAACUCGGAAUGGGAAAUGAAGAUGGCCCUGUUACACAACAGUUGUACCAACCUGACUCAAGAAAGAGAUCAGUUACAGACCAGGUACACCAACCUGACUGAAGAAAGAGACCAGUUACAGACCAGUUACAACAACCUGAAUCAAGAAAGAUACCAGUUCCAAAAAAGAGUUGAAGACAUGGCCAAAGAGAUAACUGAUCUUCGUAAAAAGCUUCAAGAUCUGAGUAACAAACAAGAAUGGAUGCAUUUCAGCGGUAGUUUCUACCACUUUUCUUCCAAGAAGAAAUCCUGGCAAGGAAGCAGAGAUGACUGUGUGCAAAAAGGAGCAGACCUGGUGAUCAUCAACAGCAGAGAAGAACAGGAAUUCAUUGGACGGUUCCCAAAGCACCUGUGGAUUGGACUGACUGAUAAAGAGACAGAGGGGAGAUGGACAUGGGUGGAUGGAACUCUGCUCACUCAAAGCUACUGGAUGCCUUCUGAACCAAAUGGGCAUAUGUCAAGAGACGAAGAAUGUGCUGAAAUAUCCAACUCUUUUUUUUUAAACAGCUGGAAUGAUGACCUGUGUAAUGUUGAAAAAUUCUGGAUUUGUGAGAUGACAUUGACUCUACUGUCUGGGGAACUUAAAGAGUGCCUACAUGGAAUGAUUGAGAGGAUGAAGGUUUUACAUCUGAGGGCUGACCAGUCCUGUGAACUGUCUCGCAACAUCUCAGACCGGACCGUGGAAGCGCAGAAGGGGAUUGACACCAACAGGGCCCAGUCGGUAGAGUUGCUUCGUGUAACCACCGGACUGGCAGAGAAGGUAGAUGGACUGCAGCAAUCACUGCGUGAUACGGAUGCUCGUAUGACGCUGAGAAACAUGGCAAGGUUUGUCCAUGGAGAGCAAUCGGAGAUCACUGAUUAUGUAAAUCUACCUGAACCAUCGGCCAGGAGUGUUGGCCAGGACGGGGGAGCGACUGCUGCAUGGUCUGGUGGAAAACUGUACAGACUGGUUGCUGUGAGCUUUGGACUGCUGUGUGUCCUACAAGUUGCUGUCAACAUUUCGCUGCAUCUCUACAGCUUUUACAGUAAGACACCCGACACAGCGUUCAACUGCACAAACCUGAGGAGCAAACUCAUUACCUUUGAUCGCUUUUCGCAACAAGGAUGGGUGUAUUUCCGUCGCAGUUUCUAUUACUUUUCUACCAGGCAGUCAUCCUGGCAAGAGGGCAGAGCUGACUGUCUGCAGAGAGACGCAGACCUUGUGAUCAUCAACAGCAAACCAGAGCAGGAUUUCACACGACAAUUUAAUAAGGUCUCAUGGAUUGGACUGACCCCAAAAAGAGCCAACGGGACGUGGAAAUGGGUGGAUGACACUCUGCUGACCCAAAGCUUCUGGAGCCCUGGGGAGCCAAAUGGUUUUGGAGGCAGAGAUGAAGACUGUGUAGAAACAAGGUUUCUUGAAAGGGAGAACAGCUGGAAUGAUAUACCAUGUACUGAUCAAAACUUCUGGAUCUGUGAGAAGAUGAUAGAUUUAUAACACAGCAUAUAAAAGCCUGAACAACUAAAAUUAAAUUCAGGUUUAAUCAGGAUGCACAUAUUCACAUAUCCCACAACAAUAGGUCAUUUAUUCCUA